AUGGAGGAGAAGCUGUCAGAGGCGUCGAGGCGGGCGACGCCGUCGCCCAUCCAGCAGCUCUCCCACCUCGCACAGCGCGUCGGCGCCGUCAACCUCGCCGAGGGGUUCCCCGACUUCCCCGCGCCCGCCCAUGUCAAGGCCGCCGCCACCGCAGCCAUCGCCGCCGACCUCAACCAGUACAGGCAUGUGCAGGGGAUCUGCGACGUGCUCGCGGAGACGAUGAAACGGGACCACGGCCUCCGCGUAGACCCACUCACCGACUUCGCCAUCUGCUGCGGGCAAUCCGAGGCCUUCGCCGCCGCUAUAUUUGCAAUCAUAGACCCAGGGGAUGAGGUUCUGCUCUUCGACCCCGCUUACGAAACGUACCAAACGUGCAUCGAGCUGGCCCGGGGUGUCCCUGUGUAUGUGCCGUUGGAUCCACCUUCGUGGACACUAAACGAGGAUAAGUUCUUGAAGUCGUUUACGAGUCGGACAAAGGCCGUGAUCUUAAAUAGCCCACAUAAUCCAACAGGGAAGGUGUUUAGCAAGGAGGAGCUGCUUGUUAUUUCUAAAGCUUGUCGGAAAAUGGACUGCUUUGCAAUAACAGACGAGGUUUAUGAGUAUAUUACUUACGACGAGAAUAAGCAUAUCUCUCUGGCUUCUCUUCCAGGAAUGCAAGAGAGGACCAUCAUCACAUCUUCACUGUCAAAAACUUACAGUGUAACUGGUUGGAGAAUUGGCUGGGCUUGUGCUGUAGCAAACAUAGCAGCAGCAAUAAGAAAUAUCCAUGUCAAACUGACAGAUUCAGCUCCUGCACCAUUCCAAGAAGCUGCAUUAAUUGCAUUAACCAGCACACCAGACUACUAUGAGUCCCUUAAAACUGACUAUGCAGUGAGAAGAAACUUCAUUCUUCAGUUGCUCAAGAAUUAUGGUUUACACAUUAGCUUCGAGCCACAAGGUUCAGUCUUUGUGUUUGCUGAGCUGCCCAAGUCUUGGCAAAUUUCUGAUAUAGAUUUUGUGACGAACUUGAUCAACAAUGCUGGCGUGGCGGCUGUACCUGGCCGUGGCUUCUUCCACACAGACUCCGACGACCAAAGCUACCAUCACCGGUAUGUUAGGUUCGCGUUUUGCAAGAGCGACGAGACCCUCAAGGCUGCUGCGCAGAAGAUGAUGAAGCCAGCCGAGAGCAAUGGAAGAGUGUUGCAUGACACUGCUCAAAGCUCUUGAGUUUCGAAAUAGUAAGGUGCAGUAUCAGAUGCUUAGAGACUACAGUCGAAGGGCCGCAUGACUAUUACCUCCAGCACCCGAGCGUAGCCCUGUUAACGAUCCAACUAAACACAUUUAUUGAUGAAUUCCAGCGAAGUUAAAAUCCAAUCUACAGUAUCUCAAACCAAACGAUAGGUCAUUUCAGAACCGUACAAGAUAGUAAUUUCGAAACUUGUGUGAUGGUUUGCAGUCGAUCAAUUGUUACUGAAUAGUCAUAACCACUGUCUUGUCAAACAAUAGGGCGAUUUCGAGAGUGCUGAGUGAUUACAAGGCUCUUUUGGCA